UCCUAUACUUUCGGAUCUCCUAAUGGUAUUGGUAUGUGUCAUUAUAAAAUUUCGAUUAUUCAUUUUCGUAUUCCCAUAUGUAAGCAACCAGUUUCAUUGUGAGAGAGGUAAGUAAGUAGGCAGUUUGAAAUGUAUUCUAGGUUGUUACUGUUGAAAUAAUUGCAACUCAUAUUCACAUCCAUCUCAAAAUCCCCACCGUCUAACUUCCAUGGCUUCCUCCUCUCGUCACAGAAAACAUGACGUUUUUCUCAGCUUCAGCGGCGAUGAUACUCGCAACAACUUCACCAGCUAUUUAUAUCGAGCCUUGAAGCGUAAAGGGAUCGGAGCUUACAUGGAUGAAAACCUACUGAAAACAGGGCAGAAUCUGUCCUCAUCACUGUUGAGAGCUAUCGAAGAAUCAAGUAUCUCGGUAAUCAUUUUCUCUAAAAAAUAUGCUUCUUCUUCAUGGUGCUUACAAGAGCUUUUCAAGAUCAUGGAGUUGAAGCGGCUCAGCAAACUAGAAGUAGUGCCUAUCUUCUAUCAUGUUAACCCCUCCGAUGUGCGAAAAUGUACGGGGAGUUUUGAAGAAGCUUUUGCUAACCAUCAGCAAAAUUGGGCACACAAAUUGCAAGGGUGGAAAGAUUCUUUUUCUGAAGCUGGGUAUAUAAAAGGAUGGCACAUAGUGGGAGAUAAGUCUGACAGAUCAGAACCUGAAUACAUGAUGAAAAUUGUUGAAGAUAUUAUGAAGAAGUUGGAUCUUAUGUCUCCUAAUGAUAUUAAAGGAUUGGUUGGAAUAGAUCACCACAAACAGCAGAUUAAAGAAUUGUUAUGCAUUAAUGUGAAAGACAUCCCAAUGAUAGGAAUAGGAAUUUGGGGUAUGGGUGGUAUAGGCAAGACAACUCUUGCUCAAGCUGUUUUUGAUGAAGUCUGGUGUGAAUUUGAUAGUUGCUGCUUCCUAGCAAAUGUUACAGAGGAGUCAGAAAGACGUGAUGGAAUUACUUCACUUCGAGAUAAGCUUCUUUCUGUGAUAUUAGAAGAAGAAAUCCUUGGUACAGGAACUCCCAGAAUAGGAUCCAAAUUCCUCAAUGAUAGACUCCAUCGAAAAAGGGUACUUGUUGUCCUUGAUGAUGUUAGUGAUUUGGACCAGUUAGAAAUAUUAAUAGGUGGUCUAUGCCACUUGGGUUUUGGAAGUAGAGUUAUAAUAACGUCUAGAGAUCAACAAGUACUUAAGAAUGGAUCAGUUGAUAAAAUAUACAAGGUUGAGGGGUUGAACUACCUGAACUCACUUCAUCUUUUUUCUCUAUAUGCCUUCAAGAAAAGCUAUCCUCUUGAUGAUUUUGUGGAUCUAUCAAAUCGAUUUUUAGAAUAUGCUAAAGGGGUUCCAAUAGCUCUUAAAGUUUUGGGUUCUACACUUUAUAAGAAGACUGAAGAACAAUGGGAAAGUGCAUUGGAUAAGUUAAAGGAACAUCCCAACCCAAAAAUUCAUAAUCUGCUGAAGAUGAGUUUUGAUGGAUUGGAUGACCUAGAGAGGAGCAUAUUUCUUGAUAUUGCAUGCUUCUUUAAAGGGGAAAAGGCAGAGUUUGUUGCAAAAAUAUUAAAUAGUUGUUAUAAAGGCGCUCAUUUUGGAAUAAGCAACCUGUUUGAUAAGUGUCUCAUUAACAUUACAGAACUGGAUAGUACUCUUUGGAUGCAUGAUUUGCUACAAGAAAUGGGUUGGAACAUUGUCCGCCAAGAAUCCAAGGAUCCUGGUGAACGCAGUAGGCUAUGGAUCCCCAAAGAUGUGGCUCGAGUCUUAAAACAUGAUGCGGGGACUAAAUUUAUUGAAGGGAUAUUCCUGGACAUGCAUGGGAUUGAUGGAAUACAAUUACAUCAAGAUGUUUUCCACAAAAUGCAUAAUCUUCGGUAUAUCAAAUUUUAUUAUUCUCAGCUUUCUGGAAAGGAGGGUAACUCACUGCUUUCACAGCAGGAUCUUAAGUCUCUUCCAGGUGAGCUUAGUUAUUUUCAUUGGGAGUAUUGCCCAUUGAAAUCUUUGCCACCAAAUUUUACUCCAGAAAAGCUUGUGGAAUUAAGAUUACCGGACAGUAGCUUCGAACAACUAUGGAAUAAAGAGCAGAAUGUUGCGAAUUUAAGAGUGAUUGAUCUCAGGAAUUGCAAGAAUUUAACUAGGAUCCCAGAUCUGUCAAGAGCCUUGAACAUUGAAGAGUUGGAGGUCAGUGGGUGCAUCAACUUGACUGAUCUUCCGCAUAUGAUUCAUUUGAAAUUUCUUGAAAAGCUGUGUCUUAAAGACUGUCCAGUUACAAAGUUUCCCGAAGUUCCACAAACCUUAAAAACAUUAAACUUGAGUGGGACUCGAAUAGAAGAAGUGCCUUCAUCAAUCCAGUGUCUCAAUCGACUUGCUUCUUUACAUGUGAGCUGUACACGGAUUCACAAUCUUCCUGACAGUGUUGUUAAGAUGGAUUCCCUUAAAAUAAUCUGCCUGUCUCACUGUCCAAACAUCAUUCAUUUUCCAAAUGUUUCAGAGAACAUAGAAGACUUAAAUUUGGCAUAUACUCAGAUUGAAGAAGUGCCCUUGUCAAUUGGGUGUCUCAGUAAACUUUCUCUUUUAGAUAUGAGUGGCACAAGGAUUGGAAAUCUUCCAAGCACUAUUGGCAAUUUGGAUUCACUAAAAGCAAUCCAUCUUUGUCAUUGCCUGAACAUCACCCAGUUUCCAAAUGUAUCCAAGACUAUAGAAAUCUUAUUACUGGACAAAACUCCAAUAGAAGAAAUUCCCCUGUCGAUUGCUUUGCUUAGAGGCCUUUCGAAGUUAAGUAUGAGUGACUGUACUAGGAUUAAAAGCCUCCCAAGCAGUAUUUUCCAGUUGAAAUUUCUUCGACAACUUUGUCUCCAAGGUUGUUCAAAUUUAGAGAUUUUCCCAGAAAUCCUGGGGACCAUGCAAUGUCUAUCUCAGCUCGCUUUUUUCAAGAGAUUAAGUAUAGAAGCUUCACCCAUCAUGAAUGAGCACAUAACUCGUGUGCAUCACAGAAGAAACUUGAAUGUUCUCAGUGUCAUCCUUAGCAGUAGCUUUCUCAAAUUUCACACGUUGUCAACUCUAGAUCUGAGUGGUUCAAAUAUAGUGAAAAUUCCAAUGAGCAUCCGACAACUUCCUAAUCUAAUUUCUCUUUACUUGAAGUGUUGCAAGAGCCUUAUAUUUUUGCCAGAGCUUCCCCCAAGUCUACGAAACCUAAAUGCACAUGACUGCACAUCAUUAGAGCUUGUGUUGAGUGGAAGACAGUUUUGGGAGAAUUCUAGCCUAGUCCACAUGCUAUUCAGUAAUUGCUUCAAUUUGGAUCAAGAUGUAGUUGACAAUAUUGUGGCUAACGCACAGCUUAGAUCUCAAUGCAUAGUAGAGGAAUGGGUGAAAGAAAGGUUAUUGGGAUUUUAUGAAAUGCUAACUGAUAAUAUUUUUGAUAGAGUUGUUGCCUGUAGUGAAAUUUCAGAAAGGUUCGAGUAUCAGUGCAGGGAUUCUUCAAUAACAAUCAAGCUAUGUCCUGAUUGGAAGACUGAUAGAUUCUUGUGUUUUGUUCCAUCUGUUGUGGUUAAUUUCAAGAACAAUCCUAAAGACAUUGAUGUUAAAAUUGUCUGUGAAAUUCAGUUAAAAACCAUAUGUCAUGAUUGUCAUAAUUUCAUAAGUAGGUGGACUUUGCCUUUGUAUUAUGAUGAGCCCAUAUUCUUUGAGUCCAAUAACAUGAUCAUUUGGUUUGAUAAGAAUCUGUUUCGAAAAGAUAAGCAUUAUGAGGAGGCCUUAUUUGAAUUCUACAUCACAGCUGGAGAGGAUGGAAAGUGUGCAGAUCAUGUGAAGGUGGAGAAAUGUGGUGUACAUGUAUUCUAUGUUGAUGCAAAGUAUUCUAUUAACGGCAAUGUCAAAUCCAAAAAAAAUUCCAGCUCUGGUGAAGAGGAAGGGAAGCAAGCCCUUAAGCAUAUGGAAUCAAGUUAUGGAAUUUCUGCUUAUCUGCCAUGCACUCAGGAUGAUGAGAACGGUUGCAGUCCUAACAUGAUACAGUUCAAGUCAAACUCUCCAAUUGAUCCGAAUCAGGUCUCAUUGAAAAGCAGUUUUAACAGUCUAGAUUUUGGUGGAUCAACAGACCGAGAAGAUAUCAGUUUUAACAAUGGCCAUGAUAAGCCUACUAUCAGGAGAUGUAGAAGUUUCAACUUUAAUGAUGAGGAUGAACCAGAGCAAAAAAGAUUGAAACAUUUUCAUUUCUUCUGACUGAAUUUCGGAUUUAAGCAUCCAAUGAACAGGACCAAGGUUCUAGUUGAUUUCUGAUUACAAUAAUGAAGUUUGAACACUAAAUUCAUGCCAGCCAGGUAGAGAACUGACAUCCCCUACUUCAGAUUGCUUUCCCCAGCAAUUUCAGAUCUUCAAGGUACAAUGUUUGGCUUCCAUAUCUUGUUUAGUUUUGGGGAUAUACUUGGGGCGCCAAGAUCUUGUUUAUAUCCAUUAUGUGUUUCUCCAUUCAACAAUGGAAAAUAUGGAGUCACUAAGAGUGGUUGAAGGAAUGAAAUGUAUAAUGAAGUAUGAACGUGUCAUUACUGAUAGAGGAGGUCCUCGGUUAAACAUAUGUAUUAGGAAAACCAGUGACUCAACCAUUCUUUUCUUGUAUAAAUGUACUUGUGUUGUGUGGAAAAGUCAAACCUUGAGCCUGUAAGAGCGCACCAAAAAGAGCCUAUACAAAAAUGUUGGGUGUCACUUGAAGCUAUAAUGUAUUGGAUUGUAUUAUCAUUCAUGUAUAUAUGCCACCUUUGCAUUUCACCUUUUAGUGA